AUGUCCACCAUGGUGUACCCACGCAGUGAGGAGGCCCUGGAGCGCCUGACCCAGGAUGAGAUAGUGCUCAACACCAAGGCCGUGAUGCAGGGCCUGGAGACCCUCCGCGGGGAGCAUGCCCAGCUCCUCACCUCCCUGCUGGACUGCACACAGCCACCUGCUGCCCAGGAGAAGUCAGGCCUGCUGCGUAAAAGCCUGGAGGCCAUCGAACUUGGCCUGGGAGAGGCACAGGUAGGGAAGAAAUGGGGGAAGAGGAGGGAUGGGGAGUGAAAGGAAAGGAGGGGGAGAGGGAAGAGAAGAGGAAGAGAAAUGGAAGAAGAGAGAGGGAAGGCAGAGUGGAGUGAAGGGGACAAAGAAAGUGGGUGAGUGGAAGAUGCUCAGUUUUAGAGGUAAGGGAUGAUAAUGAAAUGAUGAGAGAGGAGGUGAAUGGAGAGGAGGAGGAUGCUGGUGCUUGAUGUGGGUUAUUGCUAGUUCAUACACUGUGACUAAGACUGAAGGAGAGGAUGUAUUUAGAUUGAUGCCUCAUAGAGGGUGAUUCAUCAAGAGGAAAUGAGUUGUUCCUGUAGAAAGGUGGUGGUGGGAAUCUGGGUUGGAUACAGAUGGACUGAUAUAACAUGAACGGCAUAAAAUAACGUCCCAAAAGACAACUCCCCACCCUCUUUUGAAUAGACCAGAAUAUAAUACAAUGAUAUAUUGUCCUCCAAGAAGGACAUUAUUUGCACUGGUUUUGGAACAGGUUACAACACACACAUUACAAAUCCCAGGUAAACAUUCUACAAUGCUCCACACUUCUUCCUAGCCUGGAAUUCCACGCUAACGUACAAUGUGGUCUGGCCCCCAAGCUAGCCGCUUCCCCCUUUGAAACUAAAACAUUCUCGCAGCUUUCCUUCUUUAUUUGAACCCCCUACAUCCCUCUCUUGCUCCCUCUUGCCAGGUUGUCAUUGAAAAUAAGAGUUGGUUCUAACCCCUCCACCUCCCCUUGUCCAGGUGAUCAUUGCCCUGUCGGGCCACCUGAGUGCGGUGGAGUCUGAGAAGCAGAGGCUAAGAGCCCAGGUCAGACGACUGUGUCAGGAGAACCAGUGGUUACGAGACGAACUGGCAGGAACACAGGUAGACAUACUACAGCCUAAUCCGCCUUACGUAUAGGUAGAUGUAUCCUAAUUCUAACUCAGUUAGAUAUACAGCAUAGAACACUGCAUCAUUCACGCCAAUAUCAAAAUCUUUGUUUUCAGACCUCAAAAGUGGUUAAAUGUUCUGGAGAUGUUGGAUUAGUCUAUAUAUCAACAUAUACAACCGACUGCAUGGGGUGUUGGCUCAUCUCAGCGUUACUUUUGAGGGCGGAAAACAUUUGGCUAACAUUUUAGGGGUUUUGGAGUAUACAAUCACUUUAAUCCCUUCCAAAGCAAAACAUUUCCAAAGCUUCCCCUGCCUCCCACUCACCUCACCUCUCCUCCUCCCCCACCCUCUCCCUCACUCCUCACCUCCCCUCAGAACAAGCUGCAGUGUAGUGAGCAGAGUGUUGCCCAGCUGGAGGAGGAGAAGAAACACCUGGAGUUCAUGAACCGGAUUAAGAAGUUUGACGACGACGUGUCUCCGUCUGAGGAGAAGGCUGCAGGGGAGACGUCUAAAGACAGCCUGGACGACCUGUUCCCCAAUGAUGACGACCAGGGACAAGGUAGGACGAUUGAUUGGCCAAGAAGAAGCCCAUUGAGGGGACAAGGUAGACAUGGGGUUAGAGAGGGGUUAGAUUGGUAAUGUCGAAGACAAUGGGUGUUAGAUAUGGGUGGGGUUAGACUUAUGAUAGAUAGUUGAUUUAUUGAUUUGAUUAUUUUAUUGAUUGAGUGAAGGUAUGUUAUAGCAGUCAUUUUGGUUACAGACACUACCACCUCUUAAAAUGAUGUGAAAUAAAUUACAUUUAUCUUCGUCUCAGAGAUUUCUUUCUGAAAUAAGCAUUGUAUCUUAACAUGCUACAGUUGUACCUCAGCAAGCUAGCCAUUCUGUAGCAAGAAUGAAAGCCCUUUUUUAUUUGGAACCCCUGUUCUGUCAGCACAAUGUAUCAAGAAUGAAUCACUUUAACCCCCUCCACACCUCUCCUCCAGCCCAGCCCAGUGGAGAGGUGGCUGCCCAGCAGGGUGGCUAUGAGAUCCCAGCCCGCCUGAGGACCCUCCACAACCUGGUGAUCCAGUACGCCUCCCAGGGGAGAUACGAGGUGGCCGUGCCCCUCUGCAAACAAGCCCUGGAGGACCUGGAGAAGACCUCUGGACACGACCACCCCGACGUGGCCACCAUGCUCAACAUACUGGCCCUCGUCUACAGGUGAGAGGGGAAUGAAGGGAGAAAUGGAGUGAGGGAGAUGGAUGGAGGGCUGGAUGUAUGAAUGGGUGGAUAUGCUCAUAGGAGAUGGAUGGGUCAAGGGAUGGCUCGAUGUACUCAUAGUAGAUUGGGUGCAGAGAGGAUGUGUGGAUAGCUGGGUAAAAAUAAUGAAUUGAGACUUACUGCUUAAUUAUGGUGCUUGUACACAUCUUCUUACCUGGCAUUGUAUUUGUGUUCCAGGGACCAGAACAAGUACAAAGAGGCAGCCCACCUGCUGAACGAUGCCCUGGCCAUCAGAGAGAAGACCCUGGGGAAGGACCACCCUGCGGUGGCCGCCACUCUCAACAACCUGGCCGUGCUCUACGGGAAGAGGGGCAAGUACAAGGAGGCUGAGCCCCUCUGUAAGAGAGCCCUGGAGAUCAGAGAGAAGGUACACAAAAUAACACUAAUGAUUUUAAUUGCAUCUAUGACUCAUCAUGUGUAGUGCCCAGAGUUUUCCCUGGACUGUUGGUCAGUAAAAUCUUCUUUCAUUGUAGCUAAAUUAAGUCUUGAUGUGUGUCUCUGGUGUUCAGGUCCUGGGGAAGUACCACCCUGACGUGGCCAAGCAGCUGAACAACCUGGCCCUGCUGUGUCAGAACCAGGGAAAGUACGAGGAGGUGGAGUAUUAUUACAGACGAGCCCUGGAGAUCUACCAGUCCAAACUAGGAGCUGACGACCCCAACGUAGCCAAGACCAAGAACAACCUGGUGAAGAGAGAGAGAAUUCUGGAUCUGAAUUCUGGAAUGCCUCUGUAGCUCAAUUGGUAGAGCUUGUAACGCUUGUAACGCCAGGGUAGUGGGUUCGAUCCCCGGGAUCCCCGGGACCACCCAUACGUAAAAAUGUAUGCACACAUGACUGUAAGUCGCUUUGGAUAAAAGCGUCUGCUAAAUGGCAUAUUAUUAUUAUAUUAUUAUGAGCAUUUAGCUGAAUGUCCAGUCUAGGGCAGUACAAAGUAAUGCAGUCUUAAAGAAUGACCAGUUUUGGGAAACUUAAAACGUGAUAUUUUAAUCCACUGUUUUGUUAUAGAUGCACAUGCUUUUAUGUGUUGAUGUGAAAUGUUUGUUAUUAAACCUGUGUACAUUUCAUCUCUUCUCUUUAGGCUACAUGCUACCUCAAACAGGGGAAGUUCAAGGAUGCUGAGUCUCUGUACAAAGAGAUCCUGACCCGAGCACACGAGAAGGAGUUUGGCUCAGUCAACAGUGAGUCUCCUACAACCAACGCAUCACAAUCACUGACGGACCAGGGAUGCGUCCCAAAUGGCACCCUAUUCCCUAUAUAGUGCACUUCUUUUGACCAGAGCCCUUUGGGAAUGGGGUGCCAUUUGGGACAUAGCCUAGUUCUACAUUUACCACCACACCAGACCUACCAACUCUAUGAAGUCUUCAUGUAGCAUUAGGCGAGGUGUUGACUCUACAGUAUGUCCAUUUUGGCCAUGACUGCCCAGUAAACCCUGUGGUCAUUGGCUGGCCAUGCGUGGCCGUGUCCUGACAGGUCAGUUCAGGGGAUCAGGGCUAUCUGUCUUGCGUGGAGCAGCUUAAUUCACCACUGUGUCCAGAUCACUGCCCUUAAGCCAAUCAAACCCUUACACACUCACGCUCUGGCAUGGGUUAGCUUGCAUGGCACAGACCAGCACAACCCACUUUGUCCCCCCUACACACGUUUUAAGUGUGUUGUGUUGAUUAUGGUUUAAUUAGUGAAAUGAACACACACAGACGGGUUAAUGCAUGGACAGGUUAAAUCCUCUGAGUACAAUGCCAUAAAUUAAUCCAUUUGAUUUUAAAUUCAAAUACCUUAUUUUUUCCAGUGAGGGAACACUCACACCCCCCUCUCCCUCUCGUCUGUUCUCUUUCAGAUGACAACAAACCUAUCUGGAUGCAUGGACAGGUACUGAGAAGAGCCAAAGUUAUCAGUUUAAUAUGAAUACUUUUUAGUGGGACUGAACCUGUCCCUCCUACCCUACUGCGUCUACUGUCAGCAUGAACAGAGAAGGACCUAUAGGACUGAGAGGGAGAGAUGAAGUUAAUGUGAAAUGGAAGCUUUUAUAAGGUUGUAUUGUCCUCUACUGCUGUCAUAGUCAGGGCUAGCUCAAUGAUGGUGGCUGUAACUGGUGGACUUUGUGAUAAAGGCUUUAUAAUAAGGUUGUAAUUUGUCUCUACUGCUGCUAAUAGUCCAGUGGCUAAGCCUCAAAUUUGCUGGUAAUUGUGGACUUUGUGAUAAAGGCACCAAAUUACACAAACAGCUAGGACAUGUCCUUAGAAGUGAUUUUAGCUAUAGUGCCAUUGCAGUUUUUUUUUGUCAUCACACAGGCAUUUGGUUAAAAUGGGUUACCGGUCUCACUACUGGACAUAAUGCAUUAAUAUGGGAUUUUACCUAGAGAGACGGGUGCAGUGCAGGUUUGGUGUCACAUUUCUUGAAAUUGACAGUCUGUUAUAUCAUUGUGUCAUUGUAAGCAGCAGACUUCAGAGAACACUUCUAAAAAAAUUUUUGUUGAGUAUUUACAUGUCAAAUAUGCACUUUUUGGCCACUUUUUUUAACAUAUACAGUUUAUUAGGUACACCACCCCGUUCACGAAAAUUGAUCACUCCUACAGACAGUGAGUCAGGUGGUUGUGGCUUGCUAUAUAAAGCAGGCAGACAGUCAUCGAUGCAUUCAGUUACUGUUCGAUUGGACGUUAGAAUGGGCAAAACGAGUAACCUAAGCGACUUUGAGCGUGGUAUGAUCGUCGGUGCCAGGCACACCGAAUCCAGUACCUCAAACGGCCGCCCUCCUGGGCUUUUCACACGCUACAGUGUCUAGGGUUUACCAAAAAUGGUGAGACAAAAAAAAAACAGCUACAGUCGUGGUCAAACAUUUUGAGAAUGACACAAAUAUUAAUUUUCACAAAGUCUGCUGCCUCAGUUUUUAUGAUGGCAAUUUGCAUAUACUCCAGAAUGUUAUGAAGAGUGAUCAGAUGAAUUGCAAUUAAUUGCAAAGUCACUCUUUGCCAUGAAAAUGAAUUUAAUCCCCCAAAAAAUUUCCACUGCAUUUCAGCCCUGCCACAAAAGGACCAGCUGACAUCAUGUCAGUGAUUCUCUUGUUAACACAGGUGAGAGUGUUGACAAGGACAAGGCUGGAGAUCACUCUGUCAUGCUGAUUGAGUUAGAACAGACUGGAAGCUUUAAAAGGAGGGUGGUGCUUGAAAUCAUUGUUCUUCCUCUGUUAACCAUGGUUACCUGCAAGGAAACACAUGCCGUCAUCCAUUGCUUUGCACAAAAAGGGCUUCAAAGGCAAGGAUAUUGCUGCUAGUAAGAUUGCACCUAAAUCAACCAUUUAUUGGAUCAUCAAGAACUUCAAGGAGAGAGGUUCAAUUGUUGUGAAGAAGGCUUCAGGGCGCCCAAGAAAGUCCAGCAAGCGCCAGGACCGUCUCCUAAAGUUGAUUCAGCUGCGGGAUCGGGGCACCACCAAUGCAGAGCUUGCUCAGGAAUGGCAGCAGGCAGGUGUGAGUGCAUCUGCACGCACAGUGAGGCGAAGACUUUUGGAGGAUGGCCUUGUGUCAAGAAGGGCAGCGAGGAAGCCACUUCUCUCCAGGAAAAACAUCAGGCACAGACUGAUAUUCUGCAAAAGGUACAGGGAUUGGACUGCUGAGGACUGGGGUAAAUUCAUUUUCUCUGAAUCCCCUUUCCGAUUGUUUGGAGCAUCUGGAAAAAAGCUUCUCCGUAGAAGAUAAGGUGAGCGCUACCAUCAGUCCUGUGUCAUGCCAACAGUAAAGCAUCCUGAGACCAUUCAUGUGUGGGGUUGCUUCUCAGCCAAGGGAGUGGGCUCAUUCACAAUUUUGCCUAAGAACACAGACAUGAAUAAAGAUUUGUACCAACACAUCCUCCGAGAGCAACUUCUCCCAACCAUCCAAGAACAGUUUGGUGACGAACAAUGCCUUUUCCAGCCUAAUGGAGCACCUUGCCAUAAGGCAAAAGUGAUAACUAAGUGGCUCGGGGAACAAAACAGAAAUUUUCGGUCCAUGGCCAGGAAACUCCCCAGACCUUAAUCCCAUUGAGAACUUGUGGUCAAUCCUCAAGAGGCGGGUGGACAAACAAAAACCGACAAACUCCAAGCAUUGAUUAUGCAAGAAUGGGCUGCCAUCAGUCAGGAUGUGGUCCAGAAGUUAAUUGACAGCAUGCUAGGGCGGAUUGCAGAGGUCUUGAAAAAGAAGGGUCAACACUGCAAAUAUUGACUCUGCAUAAACUUAAUGUAAUGGUCAAUAAAAGCCUUUGACACUAAUGUAAUGCUUGUAAUUAUACUUCAGUAUACCAUAGUAACAUCUGACAAAAAUAUCUAAAAACACUGAAGCAGCAAACUUUGUGAAGACCAAUACUUGUCAUUCUCAAAACGUUUGACCACGACUGUAGUCAGCAGCAGUCCUGUAGACAAAAACAGCUAAUUGAUGAGCGAGGUCGAAGGAGAAUGGUAAGAAUCGUGCAAAGCUAACUGGAGGGCCACAAACAGACAAAUAACAGCGGAGUAGAACUGUGGUGUGCAGAAACGACAUCUCGGAACGCACAACUCGUCGAUCCUUGUCACGGAUGGGCUAUUGCAGCAGACCGCCACACCGGGUUCCACUCCUAUCAACUAAAAACAAAAAGAGGAGGCUCCAGUGGGCAUGUGAUCACCAACACUGGACAAUUGAGGAGUGGAAAAAAAUGGUCUGGUCCAACGAAUCCCAGUUCCUUUUGUGUGAUGCUGAUGGCAUGGUCAGGUUUUGGCGUAAGCAGCAUGAGUCCAUGGACCCAAACCUGCCUGGUGUCAACCGUACAGGCUGGUGGUGGACUGGUGUGGGGAAUGUUUUCCUGGCACACGUUAGGUCUAGGCUUGAGCGAUAUACCGUAUAUACAAUAUACCGGUGUAUUUGGAAAUAGCCACAAAGGUUUUUCAAUACCCUUGAAAUUAUGUAUUUGAUGUAUUAAUAGAUUUUAAUAUUUGUAGCUACUUUUUAAGUAAAUACCUGCAGUCAACUUGUGCCAUGCGUUAAGAGAUCCAGCACGUUCUUCAUUUCACCCUACACAAAAAAAAAAAAUUAUGCACGCAUGACUGUAAGUCGCUUUGGAUAAAAGCGUCUGCUAAAUGGCAUAUUAUUAUUAUAUUAUUACAUUGUUUUACAUUAUGAAGCUUAUAGUUCCCCAGAACAGUUGAGCCAUUCACGUGUUUCUUUGUAAAUAGCACAACAGGUGAGCCCAGCUGUGUAUUGACAGGGUUCGCGUUUUGAAAGUCGUAUUUUUUUGCUUCAAUAGUGAUCAGGUGUGUGCAACUAUAGUAUUACUUCACAGAAAAUACAUUAGUGCAACACAUUAGGCAGAAAAUAGCUUCAUUUUCAUGAACAGAAGUGGAACACUAUUUGGCUGGCAGCCACAAGUAAAAUCGUUUUUUGCAAAAACGAAGCAUUGCCAUCAUAUUUCUAAUGUUUAUCAUAUAAAUAAUGUAGCCGGCUACAUUUCCUAAUGUUUUGCUUAACCUUUACCGGAGGUAGGUUGGCUACACUGAGAAAAGCGGAGAAAAAAGCUACAUAUCAGUCAGAGCGCUGUCUGCUGAUACAAUGGCCGUUGGUGAAUUAUCAUCUUAGUGGAGAAGUGCAACUGAAGCACAACAUCUGUCUGAUGCUCAGUAGAAAUUACAAUAAGAAGCAUUUUAGAUCUGCGUUCACAAAACGCAGCAUGAGAUUAUUUACACGUAUUAUCAUUUUUUCCUGCGUGAAAAAUGAAGAACUCUGCGUUAACGCGACCCCUAACUUUAAUUAGCUAGUUAUCUAAGUAAGUUACUGAAUUAAAGUGACAGGGAAUCAUAUUGUGUAAGCUUUCUGCCGUGUUUGAAAAGUCAAUGCCCGUUGGAUGAGUUAUCUGUACAGCUGCCACUGCUGUCUUUUGAUUUCCCUUGCAUUUUUCUCCUCUCUGUUCUCGGCCUGACUGCUCCCACAUCUCUGAGCAAAGCAGGCCGGUUGCCCUAGUGACUCCAGACAGACACAACGUGUGCACAUGCUGCUUCAGAGCAGAGAAGCAUGCAUCAACUUUGUUCAUUUGCACGAUGUAUCUCGUUCACAUUCGCUUGUAAAUGUCCAAAUUGUUAGAAAUUGCGUAAUUCAAAUCUGGUAUUGGAAUAAGAAUCAAGAGAUCUUCAAUCCAAGCUUAAUUUAUUAUAUGCAAAAUGUAUGUAUGAUAAGUAUGAAGGUUCGUAUAUACGGGUCCACUGAAAUACCUCGCAGGGCACUCAGAGAACUAAACCAUUGUUUACAGGUACUUUCUCAAAUACUCUGACAGAGAGUUCCCACCUCUUCUGUUGGCCAAUCAGAGUAAAGGACUGAGUGUGGUUUAGACUUCACUCAGCCAAUCCGUUGGCGCACGGGUUAGUCCCACCCCUUGGCGCUCCACCGUUCCCAGGCAUAAGUUGCUAUCAUAAUAGUCAGCACCCAAAAGACUGUACGUUCCUACAUCCAAGGACGGUUCACAGACAACGGUUCACAGACAACAAAGAGGCAGUGUUCGUAUCUGUAAGAAAUACAAGUCUUAUCUGUCCUUCCCCUAACGUUCCACACAUGAAUCACAGCCUGUUAUGUGAAACAAUUUAUAUCAGUAUAGUACAAACCUAUGCUCCUCAUUAAUGCAUUCCUUCUAAGCUAUUCAUCACUUCAAUCCAAUUAUUAGAAAACAAAUCCCAACAAAACUAACCAAAACGACAUUCGGUAGCUUCUACCUAUAUAUGUAUAACUUUAUGAGCUGGAUUGCCUGUCUUUGCAAUUCGUGUAUUUUCGUUUGCGCACGCUAGCAUAUUUAGCAAGCAGCCUCCAUGGACAUUCGCUAUUUGUGCUAAUGUUUUUAGCAUUCUGGUAACAAAUGCCAAAUUGUAUUUUUUGCGUUUUGGUGCUCCCUUGUGUACUAAACCGGUAAUACCGUAAAUCCCAGAAUGAGAGAAGGACUGUAUUACCAUAUGAAAAUCUGGAAACCGCCCAACCCUAGUUAGGUCCCUUGAUACCAAUUGAGCAACGAUUGAACGCCACACGUAUCUGAAUAUUGUUGCUUCCCAACACCUUGUACAAUCCAUGCCCCAAAGAAUUCAGGCUGUUCUGGAGGCAAAGGGGGGUCCGACCCGGUACUAGAUGGGUGUACCUAAUAAAGUGGCCGAUGCGUGUAUAUAUGGCAUGUUUGAGCCAUUUUCUUGUGUUCUCCAGACUCCCUCAAACAUGUUAAGCCGUCAUUGGGCUGUACGUACCUAUUAUUUAUGGAGAUAUGGCCCCAUGGAGCUGAUUGGUGGCCAUAAUGGAAAUGGCGGCCAGUGGGGUAAUAUAAAAGAUCUGCGGUGGCACUAUAGCUAAAAACACUUUGAAGGACUUGCCCUAGUUGUGUUUGAAAUGUUGUGGUUUUAUCACAAAGUCCACAAUUUUUUCCCUUAGCCGCUGGACUAUAACUGCCUGCCCCCCCCCCCCCCCCCUCUCUCUCUCUCUCUCAAUUCAAUUCAAUAGACUCUAUUGACAUGGCAAGUAAAAUUACUUACGUUGUCAAAGUAUAGAUAUAACAAAAAUGGUGGGCCCAACAGCAAUAAUAAUAAUAAUAGUAGUAUUGGAAAUGGGAUUACCAUUAACAGCAUCUCUCUCUCUCUCUCUCUCUCUCUCUCUCUCUCUCUCUCUCUCAGGGGAAGAGGAAGGAUGCUGUGCCCUAUGGAGAAUAUGGGAGCUGGUACAAGGCCUGCAAAGUUGACAGGUGAGUUAGUAUUCCAAAUUAAUUGUUUUAACGUGAGAUAAAUACACAACUCCGUGUUCUAAAUUAUAUUAAUAUUGUGCUUUAAUAAUUUACGGAAGUCCAUAAAGGACAUAUGAAUACAUUUUUAAAAAAUCCCUCAUUUAUGUCGCGAUCACAACUUCUCAUGAUCACUACAUAAUAAAAGUUGUUUUGUCGAGAUCACGAGAUAAUCAAAAGUACCGCGCAUCAUUCAUUCAUUUGUUCAGAUGCACGAUAACCACCUCAUCAAGGAGCCCACUGGCUGCGUUGAUCGCAAUGCGCUCGUGGGGGAUUUAAGCCCUGAACGAUGCAUGACUGGCAGCGUGCCGCCCCCAAGACCACAGCCAAUCCCAUUCAAGGAAUAAUGCAGCUAAAAUGGCUAGUCUUGUUACCUAGCCAGCUAGCAAGCUAGCUUGUUAUCUAUGCUGGUUGUUAGCUUGCAUAACUGAUAUGUGUAUAAUUACAAGGGACAUAUUUACAAUAGGUGAGCUCCAUUCCUGACAGGCUGAUCAGAUUCAAUUUCAGCCUUAGAGGCUCAUAAGUCAGGAUGCUGCCUUUUUAUGCUGUUUUAUAGGUAAGGCUCCUUGCAGGCAGAUUAGCUGUCAAAGUGCUUUAUAGGCAAAUGCAUAUCUGAUCCAGGGGGAGCUCUAUUCCUGGCAGGCUGAUCGGAUUCAAUAGCAGCCUCAGAGGCUGAUAAAUCAGGAUGCUGCCUUGUAGGCUGUUUCAUAUGUAAGGCUCCUUGCAGACAGCCAACGAGGCAGCAUCCUGAGACUGCUAUUGAAUCUGAUCAGCCUGCCAGGAAUAGAGCACACCCACUCUUGAUCAUAUACAUAAUGCCCUGACUGUUAAUAUGCCUGUCAGAAAUGGGGCCCACCCACUCUGUAAAUGUAAAUAUUAUCCAUAAAACAUGAUGUUUCCUUUACAAUUAUACACAUAUCAGUUAUGCAAGCUAACAACCAGCAUAGAUAACAAGCUAGCUAUCUAGCUAACAAGACUAACUAGCUAGCUCGAUCACGCACUCGCUUGCUCACAAGACUAGCCAAGUUAGCUGCGUUGUUGCUUGCAUAUGAUUGGCUGUGGUCUUGGGGGUGGCACACAGCCUGGAAGACAAUGCUGCCUGUCAGGCAUCAUUCAGGGCUUAAAUGCCCCACAAGGGCUUAGCUCCCCUACGAGCUCUUAGCUCAAGGUAAGGGACAUUUAGCUUGCUAACAUUCUUAUAAACUGUUAAUGAGCUCCAAACACAGAUGCAAUUAUGAUGUUAGAAUGAAAUGCACCAUCCCUUAGUGUAGCAAUCAAUAAAAUCUAUGCGCUGAUCCACCGUGGGCUCUGCCGUCUCAGCCCAUACUGGCAAUCUAUCAUCCAUUUAUCCACUCCUAUUUAUAGAGUUUAUCUCGUGAUCUCGACGAAACAACUUUUGUUAUGUCGUGAUCAUGAGAUAAAUAAAUUGUGAUCUCGACAUUACGAGGGAAUAUUUUUUUUAUUCACAGUGUGUCCUCUCUUCCGUAAUGAUGACAUGAUAUUGACAUGUACUUAAUUGCUGCUAGCCCAACGGUCAAUACCACCCUGAAGAGCUUGGGGGCACUGUACCGCAGACAGGGUAAACUAGAGGCAGCGGAGACACUGGAGGAGUGUGCUACAAAGACACGCAAGCAGGUACUACACUAUAACAAGCAGGUACUACACUAUCACUGACGCAAGCAGGUACUACACUAUCACUGAUGCAAGCAGGUACUACACUAUCACUGACGCAAGCAGGUACUAGACUAUCACUGACGCAAGCAGGUACUACACUAUCACUGACGCAAGCAGGUACUACACUAUCACUGACGCAAGCAGGUACUACACUAUCACUGACACAAGCAGGUACUACACUGACGCAAGCAGGUACUAGACUAUCACUGACGCAAGCAGGUACUAGACUAUCCCUGACACAAGCAGGUACUACACUAUCACUGACGCAACCAUGUAUUACAUUAUCACUGACGCAAGCAGGUACUAGACUAUCACAAGCAGAUACUAUCACUGACGCAAGCAGGUACUACACUAUCACUGACGCAAGCAGGUACUACACUAUCACUGACGCAAGCAGGUACUAGAUUAUCACAAGCAGGUACUACACUAUCACUGACGCAAGCAGGUACUGCACUAUCACUGACGCAAGCAGGUACUGCAUGAUCACUGACAUAAGCAGGUACUGCACUAUCACUGACGCGUAAGCAGGUACUGCACUAUCACUGACGCAAGCAGGUACUAUACAAUCAGUAAAAAGGUAAUUACUACACAAUCAUUGAAAAAGCAGGUAGAAGCACUCAGAUACACUGGCAGUGCAAUUACCCACGGCUGUGGUCUAGAGCCUUGAAGCUCUGAUGCACUCUGUUUUAAACCAGCUGACAUUUAGAAUCUCUCUCUCUCUCUCCUCUCUCUCCCUCUCUCUCUCUCCCCCCUCUCUCUCCCCCCUCUCUCUCCCUCCCCCCUCCUUCUCCCGCAGGGUAUAGAUGCCAUUAACCAGAGUAAGGUUGUGGAGCUCCUGAAGGAUGGGGUCCCUGGAGGGGGGGAGCGACGGCAGAGCCGGGAGGGUUUUAAUGGUCCCCAGCGGGGGGACUGUGAGGGAGACGACGGAGCAGAGUGGAACGGGGUCUGUCAUUUGGGGGGGGGGGGUUGAGCCUUUUAUGGGAGUGCACAUACCGUCAAAUGUAUGACGAAAAGGCGUACAAUCACAUGUAAUUUACUCCCAAAGUAUCAAGAACUAGCAAAGACGGGUAAAAUGAUGAAACAAUACAAUGAACAAGCUGACAUCGUGAUUAAACCUGUAUGCGUUCAGCAAAACUCUACACAAAAAUGCUAAAAAGCUAAGAUAAAAAAUGUGGUGUGAUGUUUGUCAAAUACAUUGAUAGAAGAUAUGAUCAAGGUUUUGAAAUAAUAAAUUACCUCAAAUCACUUUUGAUUUAUGUUUCGAGGCCAAUCCUUGACGGGGUAUGUUGGUCUUGUUUUCUCAGGAUGGUAAUGGUUUGUUGCGUCGGAGCGGCUCCUUCGGGAAGAUCCGUGACGCCCUGCGCAGGAGCAGUGAGAUGCUGGUGAAGAAACUACAGGGCAGUGGCCCCCAGGAGCCCCGCAACCCAGGGUGAGAGAGAGACUGUGUGUCCUUAGCCCAUCACUGCUCAUACUGUGCAUGAAUUUCAGUGUUUCCCUCAGGGUUUUUUCUUUUGUGGGGAGCCAACUAGGCACAGUAGUUAGUAAACUGAUAACAAUAAAGCAAAAUCCAAGCAAUUAAUUUUUUUUUUUAUUGAAGCCUAAACGUUUGUCUGUGUCAUCUUCAGGAUGACGAGAGCCAGCUCUCUCAACUUCCUCAACAAGAGUGCAGAAGACCCCUCACAGGUACCAGCAGCACACAGUUAACCCCCUCACUGUCACAUAUAGUUAUUAACCUGUUAGUUACGAGCCAAGGACUGCUGUCACAGACAGAGCACAAACAAGUCCUGAGGUAUACAUCUAGAUGAAAGGAUUAGACUUUUUCAGAUUUAGUCUACAUGAUUCUAGUGUCUUUGUUUUUUUCUUUCUCCGUUAUCACACUUGGAACAUCCCUCCUAAUCUCUCCAGGAUGCCAACACCGGCCUAUCGGAAUGCAGAGGACUGAGCGCCAGCAACGUGGACUUGUCAAGACGCAGCUCCCUGAUUGGUUAAACAGACAGGAGGCGGGACUAGGAGGAGGAAGGGCCAAUGAGAAGAGACUGUUUUCCGUCCGAUGCGAUCAAAACACACUUCAGGUCCGACACUCGCAUUCAAUACAUAUUUUCUGAAGAAAAAUGAUCGAGAAAGACACGACUUGACAUGGCUUUUUGUGACACAGAAAUCUCUGGGUCGAUCUGCUUCACUGUAUACUUCGCUGGCAUCAAGCAAGUACAGAAAAAUAAUAUUUAACACGGCAUGCUGCUUACUAGAACAUGGAAUGUCUGCACUAAUUAUGGUGACUGAGGCAUAGCAUCGUAACAGAAUAGCGAGUCAUUAUUAUUGCAACAUGACAAAUGUCUAUCCUGACUGCCUACUUGGUGCAGACACUCUACCUUAGGUAGGCUAGUUCUAUUCUGAUUUCUAUCUUCAAGAAGCAUCACACUCAUAGAUUACUAGUGGCAUGAUUACUGCAAAUGCUAACAACCCAUUCAAUAGAUAUCACAGUGCUAGAGCGAUAGAAAUCAUAUAGGUUUUUAAGACGAGUUACAAGAGGUAUGAACUACAGCUGUAAGAAGCUUCAGCAAGGACAAAGACGGUACACAAUAUUUUUGGGAUGAUGUAAAUAAUCAGAGUACGUCUGUGUUUUAAACAUCAAAUGGGAGAAAAACAGCACUGACCAGGUCAACCUCACUUUUUUGCCUUCUGAAUUUUUGUUAUGUAUAUACUGGCUUAAGUUAUUUAAUAUGUCUUUCUUUGUAUAUAGCACACAGACAGUUUUUGUUUACACUGGUUAGAGCAUAGGACGACCUUCGUUGGGGAGACAGACGCUGGAAGAAUGUAGUCAGACAAGUGAAGAGAAACAGGGAGAAUAUAUACUCACUGGCCAGUUUAUUAGAUUACCCAUCUAGUACCGUGUCGGACCCCCCCUUUGCCUCCAGAACAGCCUGAAUUAUUCGGGGCAUUCUACAAGGUGUCGGAAACGUUCCACAGGGAUGUUGGUCCGUGCUGACACGAUGGCAUCAUGCAGUUGCUGCAGAUUGGACGGGGGUACAUUCAUGCUGCGAGCGGCCCGUUCCAUCUCAUCCCAAAGAUGCUCUAUUGCAGAGGUAGGCAACCCUGUUCCUGGAGUUCCCGAGGUACUGCAGGAUUUUUAUUCAACUAGGCACCACCCCUGACCAAGCUAAUUGAUCAGUUCAGUGAUUGCCCAAAUUCAACAGACCUGGUCUUCCAGGUCAGUUAAAUCAAAAAUAUAAAGUGCCUGCGGCACUCCAGGACGAGGGUUGCCUAGCCCUGCUCUCUUGGGUUGAGGUCUGGGGACUGCGUAGGCCACUCAAGUAAACUGAACUCACUGUCAUGUUCCAGGCAAUGUUUUUCCACUCUUCAAUUGUCUAGUGUUGGUGAUCACAGGCCCACUGGAGCCGCUGCACACCAGUACACCACCAGCCUGUACUGUUGACACCAGGCAGGUUUGGGUCCAUGGACUCAUGCUGCUUACGCCAAAACCAGACCAGCCAUCAGCAUCACACAAAAGGAACUGGGAUUCGUUGGACCAGCUGAUAGGAGUGGAACCCUGUGUGGUCAUCUGCUGCAAUAGCCUAUCCGUGACAAGGAUCGAAGAGUUGUGCGUUCCGAGAUGCCGUUCUGCACACCAGUGUUGUACAGCGCUGUUAUUUGUCUGUUUGUAGCCCGCCUGCUAGCUUGCAUGAUUCUUGCCAUUCUCCUGUCUCAUCAAUGAGCUGUUUUCGCCGCUGACUGACGAUCAUUCCACGCUCAGUCGCUUAGGUCACUCGUUUUGCCCAUUCUAACGUUAAUUCGAACAGUAACUGGAUGCCUGUCUGCCUGCUUUAUGUAGCAAGCCACAGCCACGUGACUCACUGUCUGUAGGAGCGAUUCAUUUUCGUGAACGGGGUGGUGUACCUAAUAAACUGGCCGGUGAGUGUAAAAUAGUGAAGAGAAGUCAAACAGGGAAUAUAGACUAGUGAAGAGGAGAUAAACGGGGGGAAAUAACUUCUAGUCGAAUGUAUUACUUAGUCUCAUUGACAUCAAGUGAAAAUGUUACUUAAGCCGAAGUUAGGAUUUGCCCCUAAAUCUAUAUCCUGAUCUGUCCAGAUUUGUUUGUACUCUAGCCAACUACACUAUCAUUUGUUGUCUUGCCAGACAAUUCUGAACGUGAUAAAUAAGGCUGUGUUUACAUAGGCAGCCCAAUUCUGAUAUUUCUUCCACCAAUUGGUAUUUUGACCAAUCACAUCAGAUAUUUUCACAUCAGCUCUUUUUCAGCGCUGAUCUGAUUGGUCAAAUGAACAAUUAGUGAAUAAAAUAUCAAUUGGGCUGCCUGUGUGAACGCAGCCUAAGAGGUGGCAGAAGCACAAACAGAUUUGGGACCAGGUUCGUAUUCAUUAGGCACCAAACUGAAGAAAAUGGACUGAAACAGGGAGGGACAACCUGGACUUUUUCAAUAAGAAAUGCUCAUUUUCUGUCGCUCCAAAAAGUUUUUCUACGAUGUGCACUAAAUGAAUAUGAGACUACACUCUAAAAAGUAAAGGUACCUGGAGGAUCCUUUAGGGGUUCUUCAAAUUGAAACUGGGGGGGAACCAGUUUCAGGAUCCCCCCCCCAUUAUUGUUAUUAUUAUUAUUAUUAUUAUUAUUAUUAAUACUAAUAAUACGCUUAACAAUAGCAACAAUAACACAAUAUUUUAGUUGUCAGUGUUUAUUAGGAUUUUAGUGGCAAAGCUGAAUAAAAAAAUCAAAAUAUAAGGUAAACUCCCAGCAGAGCCCCAAGUCCAUGGGUAUAUCCUCUGGCAUGUUGAUGUUCUCUGUAUCCAUAGCCAGAAUGAUUUUGCAGUGCAUGGUGAUCGAACAGGUUUCCUGUUAUAUUCAUCAGAGGUGUAGGGAGGGUGAAGUCUGUGAAUCCCAAAAAAUAGUAAUUAUAUAGAUGAUUAACAAAACAUGCACAUUACAGUAUUCAUACCUUGGCUUUUGUGGUAAAUGUGAAUGAAUAAAACUAUUUUGAUAAUGGUUUUCAUACACAUACCUUGUCCAUAAUGUAGAGGCCUAUGGGAUUUUCCUUGAAGAGGUAAGGGAAGAGGAUUGUACAUGUGAUCUGCAUAACAUACCAAUACCAAUUGACAUACAUUUGUAUGCCUCCUCGUCUGUAAACCUACAGACACAAAAGUGAGCAGUUCAGUCAUCUGCACCCAAUACAGCUAGCCUUCAACAUAUACUAAUUGCAUACAUAUUCUUACCUCUGUUGAUUGAUAUCUAUUGAAUUGUAUCCAUUUUAUGUUUUAGAAAGAUUUGCACAAAUAUGAAAAGAGAUGGUAUCAUCAUAAAACAAUAUCAAUUUAGAUCAUACAAGGGACAAACCUUACCUUAAAUUGUGGAGAUCUUUAAAUUUUUCAGUUAAGUGCCUGCACCUGCUGUCCUUUCAAAUUCAAAUCCAAAUGUUUCAGUUGGGCAGUUAGGUUCUUGCAAGAACCCCCACCAACUAAUGGGUUUCCUCGAUGAACCCCACCUCCUAUGGGGUUCUUGGAAGAACCUUUUGGGGGCAAUUGUCAGUCCCAAAAACCCUAAGGUUCUUCAAAGAACUUUGAGGAUCUUAGAAGAAGCUUUGUUGAAUCCCCUCAUUUUUAGAGUGUAGGCUAACUUAGUUCAGCUCAGUCCUGGGGGAAAUGCUGACAUGGGACAAACAUUAACAGUGCAUGUAGCCCUUAGGCACUGUGCAGUACAAUCUCCAGACAGUAUGGAAUGCAUGGACACCGCUACCACAGCACAAUUUUACUCCAAUCAAAUUAGAUCUCCACAUAGUUGUACAGCUCUCUGAUUAGUUUAGAGAGUUACAGUAUCUGUUUCUUUAAGAGGUUAGUGUUGGGCAAACAGUAUGUAACUAUCAAUGCUUCUAGUUCUUGUAACUUCUGUUCUCUUUCCUUGGUUGGCGUUUACUGAAUAUGUGAGCAUGAUAUGUCCAUCUCUUUAUAUAAAACAAUGAUCCCUUAUUAUCACUACUGUUGAUUGGAAUGAAUCAGAUUGGUUUACAGAAAACCGCUUUAGGAUGAGCUAAUCAAUGACCGUCCUCUCACCAAACGUUGUCAUCAUUAGGUCUAUUCUUGUCUGUGAUUGGCUCCAACCUCAAGUGAAGAUGUGCAGGGUAUUAUUGUUGUACACUGAAUGGUUGAUGAUUUAAAUGUUGGGUUUUACUUUUAUCAUGGGAGAUGGGAUGGAGGAACUGGAAGGAGGGGGUUGACAGUGCACUGUGUUGUGUUGGCUCUUUAAUUGUUUUAUUUGUAAGACUGAUACCAAGAGACUUGGCCCCAGAAUGUAUAUUACUGUAUGUCUUUGAGAAGGAGAGUGGUCUUAACGAUUUGCAGCUCCUGAUUGUGUUGCUAGUGCUUUGUGAUGUGGGGAAUGGGGAUGGGAUGUAAUGUUGAUUUUUACUGGGAGGAGAGAAAUUAUGGAACAAAACCUAAAGUGUGUGACAUACAGACUAGCAGGGCUGAGGAAGAGAAGACUGAAGAAUGAUAAGCGGAAAGAGAUGUGAAGUGCUGUUAGGUGACAAGUGAGAAUCAGUGACUAAAAAGAAAUGGUACAUUGGAGAGAAGUAUUGGGGAAAGUGCUUUGUUUCAAUGCAGCAAAUAAUGUACAGAAUUGCCAAUGUAUGACCUCUGUCGCUGUCACACACACUCAAACUUACUCUCAACAUGUACAAACACAUUAUUUCAAACACACGCCUACAUCCAUCCCCACGCAGUCUAGAUAUGUAAAAGUCAGUGGACUGUAGUUUAUAGAUCUCUAAAGAUGCUGUAUUUAUACACAAACGAAUGUUUAAAUGAAAAAUACACAUAUACCUAAACGCAUUGCUUCUCUUCCAAAUAUAUACCACAUGUAGAAGUAAAAACACCGCUCACCAUCUGUGAGUCAGUGUGUUACUAUGGGAACUGUAGAACAUAGCCAUGGGGUGGAGGGAUAGGGGUAUGUGAUGCACUCGACUUCAGUAUAUCGUAUCUCAUUGUUAAGGGGCCAACAACCUUGUAUAUUUUAUUAAAGGUUCAAUAAAGAAAAACUUUUCAAACUGAUCCUGAUCUGUUUGUGUGGUGUCAUUCUUUUGACACAAUGAAACAGCUUGUUUGAAAUGAGUUUGAAAUGCACAUCUUGCAUGUAUAACUAGGGGCAUACUGGAACACGAGAUGAAGUUGUACUCCACAUAAACCAAUAAACGAGUUUGACAUUUAUUGGAUAAAUGAUAAUGGUGGACCAGGCUUCUGGUAAGUAUCAGGUUGACGUCUGUGUGUGUGCUCACAUUCUGGGCUGAGGGUGUUACUCAGUGGUUUCCUGUCACUUAUAAGCCUACAGCCUCACAUGAGGAAACCAAAUCCACCAGUGUGCUUCUGAAGAAAUGGUUAAGAACAGUAACUACUGUUAAUUUGUUAAGGUGUCUUUUGAACAAGGACAGGCGAUCGGGCUGCUAAGAUGGAUCUUUUAAUGCCCGGAAGGUGUAAACUAGACUGUAUGGACUCUGAAUUAUCAAGUAAGGCGGUUUCCCUCACCAAAAGUACUGUGCAGUAUCUCGGUAGCCAUGUUAGUCUGAUUGAACUUAGAACAGAAAAUCUAGUACGUCAAUAUGCUCUGUUAUUUUGUUCACUUAUUGACAAGCUCAGUGCCUGUGAAGUACAUUCAGUUGCUGUGUAUGUAGGAAAUGUGCUAUAUGAAUAAAUGUUAUUUUUAUAUGAAGUGUACCUGUGCAUCCAUGAGCCAUCAGUACUUCUAUUCGUGACAUAUCUUUUAAUUCUCUCCUAUAAGUGCACCGCUGUAUUUGUCAUACCUCUCUAACGUUAUCUAUAUCUCUAUCUGCACCUAUAGGUUCUCUCUCCAGCAUGUCAGUGACCCCAUCUAGCCCAGGUACCUCUGGUCGACCUCCCCACCCCGCCGCCCCCGCGCCCCUCCAGGCCCCUCUCGGCCCUGUCUUGGUCCAGUUCCAGCUAGGCCUCUUCAGGGAGGUGGUAUGGGUGCAUGGAGGACAGCUCAGCUUUCGCCACGCCAAGAGACUGGCGGCAGAGAUCAUAGAACGCAAGGUAAACAUCCCCAGCCAGCCCCCCCCCAGUCUAGAGUAGUUUAGCCAAUUCAUUUAACUAUUGGUGUGAUGCAAUACAGUAAUUAAACAUUUACAUUUUAGUCAUUUAGCAGACGCUCUUAUCCAGAGCGACUUACAGUUAGUGAGUGCAUACAUUAUUUUUUUUAUACUGGCCCCCCGUGGGAAUCAAACCCACAACCCUGGCUAAAUCUGUCUUUCUCUGCCUCUAUCUCUCUCGCUCCCUCUGUCUUUCGUGCUCUCUCUCUGUCUGUCUGUCUGUCUGUCCCUACCACACCUCAGUGAGAGAUAGCCCUGUUACUGUGUCAGCCAGAGGGGCUGCUGUGUGGUUUAGCUGUGUCUACAGCUUACUUUCCAACCACAGCCUCCCCUCCUGCAUCACACACACACAUGCAUGCACGUUCACACACACCUCUCCCUGCUCAAGCUAGGGUUAGGUUCACUGCCUGGUAUGACAACUGCUCUGCCUCCGACCGCAAGGCACGAGGGUAGUGCGUACAGCCCAGUAUAUCACUGGGGCCAAGCUUCCUGCCAUCCAGGACCUCUAUACCAGGCGGUGUCAGAGGAAGGCCCUAAAAAUUGUCAAAGACUCCAGCCACCCUAGUCAUAUACUUUUUUCUGAUACCGCACGGCAAGUGGUACCGGAGCGCCAAGUCUAGGUCCAAAAGGCUUCUUAUCAGCUUCUACCCCAAGCCAUAAGACCCCUGAAUAGCUAAUCAAAUGUCUACCCGGACUAUUUGCAUUGUCCCCCACCCACCCCAUCUUUUACGCUGCUGCUACUCUCUGUUUAUUAUCUAUGCAUAGUCACUUUAACUCUACCUACAUGUACAUAUUACCUCAAUUACCUCGACUAACCUGUGCCCCCACACAUUGACUCUGUACUGGUACCCCCUGUAUAUAGCCUCGUUACUGUUAUUUUACUGCUGCUCUUUCAUUAUUUGUUAUUUCUUUAUUAUUUUACUUACCUUUUAUUUACUUAACACUUAUUUUUCUUAAAACGGCAUUGUUGGUUAAGGGCUUGUAAGUAAGCAUUUCACUGUAAGGUACACUACACCUGUUGUAUUCAGCGCAUGUGACAAUUAUAAUUUGAUUUGAUUUAGAGUUAAGGUUAGGUUUAAAGUUAGUGCUAGGGUUAUGGUAAGGGUACAGGUUAGGGGUUUGGGAAAAUAGGAUUUUGAAUGGGACUGAAUUGUGUGUCCCCACAAGGUUAGUUAUACAAGUGUGUGUGUGUGUGUGUGUGUGUGUGUGCAUACGUGCAAUGUACUGUAUGUGUAUGUCUGUGUCUGUGUAGGUGUCUUUGACCAUGGUACUUCCCUACGGAGCAGAAAGAGGAACUGUCCCUCCCUACCUUCAGGCUAUGCUCAAACCCUACACCUCAACCCGAGCACUCUGUUCUGUCACCUCUGGUCUCUCAGCUCCCACUCAGCCCAAUCCAAGCUCUUCUCUGUCCUGGCACCCCAAUGGUGGAACCAGCUUCCCCUUGAAGCUAGGACAGCAGAGUCCCUGCCCAUCUUCCGAAAACAUCUGAACCCCUACCUCUUCAAAGAGUACAGUGCCUUUGGAAAGUAUUCAGACCCCUUGACUUUUUCACAUUUUGUUAGUUUACAGCCUCAUUCUAAAAUUAAUUAAAUCGGGUUUUUCCCUGAUCAAUCUACAGACAAUACCCCAUAAUGACAAAGCAAAACGUUUUAAUUUUUUUAUUUUGGCUAAUUUAUAUACUAAAGAAACAACUGAAAUAUCACAUUUACUAAAGUAUUCAGACCCUUUACUCAGUACUUUGUUGAAGCACCUUUGGCAGUGAUUACAGACUCAAGUCUUCUUGGGUAAGAUGCUACAAGCUUGGCACACCUGUAUUUGGGGAGUUUCUCCCAUUCUUCUCUGCUGAUCCUCUAAAGCUCUGUCAGGUUGGAUUGGGAGCGUUGGUGCACAGCUAUUUUCAGGUCUCUCCAGAGAUGUUCUAUCGGGUUCAAGUCCGGGCUCUGGCUGGGCCACUCGAGCAUUCAGAGACUUGUCCCGAAGACACUCCUGCGUUGUCUUGGCUGUGUGCUUAGGGUUGUUGUCUUUUUGGAAGGUGAACCUUUGCCCCAGUCUGAGGUCCUGAGUGCUCUGGAGCAGGUUUUCAUCAAAGAUCUCUCUGUACUUUGCUCCGUUCAUCUUUGCCUCGAUCCUGACUAGUCUCCCAGUCCCUGCCGCUGAAAAACAUCCCCACAGCAUGAUGCUGCCACCACCACACUUCACCGUAGGGAUGGUGCCAGGUUCCCUCCAGACAUGACGCUUGGCAUUCAGGCCAAAGAGUUCAAUCUUGGUUUCAUCAGACCAGAGAAACUUGUUUCUCAUGGUCUGAGAGUCUUUAGGUGCCUUUUGGCAAACUCCAAGCGGGCUGUCAUGUGCCUUUUACUGAGGAGUGGCUUCCGUCUGGCCACUCUACCCUAAAUACCUAAUUGGUGGAGUGCUGCAGAGAUGGUUGUCCUUCUGGAAGGUUCUCCCAUCUCCACAGAGGAACUCUAGAGCUCUGUCAGAGUGACCAUUGGGUUCUUGGUCACCUCCCUGACCAAGGCCCUUCUCCCCCGAUUGCUUAGUUUGGCCGGGCUGCCAGCUCUAGGAAGAGACUGGGUGGUUCCAAACUUCUUCCAUUUAAGAAUGAUGGAGGCCACUGUGUUCUUGGGGACCUUCAAUGCUGCAGACAUUUUUUGAUACCCUUCCCCAGAUCUGUGCCUCGACACAAUCCUGUCUCGGAGCUUUACGGACAAUUCCUUCAACCUCAUGGCUUGGUUUUUGCUCUGACAUGCACUGUCAACUGUGGGACCUUAUAUAGACAGGUGUGUGCCUUUCCAAAUCAUGUCCAAUCAAUUGAAUUUACCACAGGUGGACUCCAAUCAAGUUGUAGAAACAUCUCAAGGAUGACCAAUGGAACAGGGUGCACCUGAGCUCAAUUUCGAGUCUCAUAGCAAAGGGUCUGAAUACUUAUGUAAAUAAAGUAUUUAUGUUUUUUAUUUAUAAUAAAUUUGCAAAAAUGUCUAAAAACCUGUUUUUCGCUUUGUCAUUAUGGGGUAUAGUGUGUAGAUUGCUGAGGAAAUAGUUUUAUUUAAUCCAUUUUAGAAUAAGGCUGUAAUGUAACAAAAUGUGGAAAAGGUCAAGGGGUCUGAAUACUUCACUGUGUGUGAACCUGUAUGUGGUCUGUGUGAAUAAUCUGGAAAUCCCCCCAGAGGUAAUUGCACAUUGCCUGUUUUUGGUAGCAAACAUACAAACAAACGGUCAGAAAGCCUGAAAAUGAACCCACACUCAAACUUGUUUCCAUCACAUUUGAAUAUCUAACGACAUCGACGGUUGACAUCCCUCACAUUGUUCCAUGACCAUUCUCUCUCUAUAAUGGCCUCCUCCUCACUCAACGCCCACUUUCUGUCUGUCUAGUGCCUGUCUGUCUGCAAGCUUUUGAUUAUGCAUAUCAGGAUGAAAAACCAGACAGAACCAGGUUCACCUUCCAACAAGACAACAACCCUAAUUGAUUGAUUGAUUGAUUAUGUCUGUGUAUUUUAGGCUCCAGAAUGCAGUGUGGUAGGUGUAGGGGAGAAGGUCCUCCUGUUCAGACACCAGCCUGGCUCAGAACACCUCCUCCACAGACUCACGGACCAGGAUGCACUGCAGGAUGGCGACCAAAUAGAGGUCAUCCUCUCAGGUCAGACUGGGGUCGUGUCUUAAGUAGCAUCCUAUUCCCUUUAUAGUGCACUACUUUUGACCGAGGCCCGCAUAGUGAGUCUACUUACUUACUAGUUUAACGCCUCGAUCAGACCGACAGCGUCAUUGCAUUUUUGUAAUUUUUUAUUUUUUUUCUAACCAGAGCCUUGCAGCAUUGUGUUGCAGAGGCGGUUGCAGUGUGUUCCGUGUUCUAUGUGGUGCAUACGUUGGAUUUAUCCAACGUAUGCAUCAAAUUGUAUGCGUAGACUUGACAGAAAUAGUAGUAAAAGGUGAAUGUUGAACAUUUAUUGCACACAUAUCCACAAACAUUUUGGAUUACAUAAUGAAAAAAGUUUGACUGCAGAAAUUAUUACACAGCAUUGAUGCAAUGAUGCUGUCGGUCUGAUCAAGGCAUUAGCGUCCUAGGUUAUUGAGUCUAUAGCGAUAGAAUAUCUGCUUAUUCUGAUCUGACUCAGGAUCAGCUGCUGUGACAGAGAUGAAGAUCCGCCCACACUCCCUGGCUGUCCAAUCAUAUCGCACCCCCACCUUCUGUCACCACUGUGGGGAGAUGCUGUGGGGACUGGUACGUCAAGGGUUAAAAUGUGAAGGUAAGGAAGUGGAUACAGUACAACUUUUUCCAUAUAUCCUAUCUUUAAUCACAGUGUGCAACUUCAGUAUUUAUUGAAUGUUGAAUUGCAUUGAAUUCUUAAUCGUAUCUAUCUUUGUACCUCAAUCUAUUUUGCAAUUCUCAGAUUCUGUCUCAAUUAUGUCUCACAUCUCUCUCUCUCUCUCUCUCUCUCUCUCUCUCUCUCUUCUCCUCUCCUCUCUCUCUCUCUUCCAUCUCUCUCCUAUCUCUCUCCCUCCUUUCUCUCCUCUCUCUCUCUCUCUCUCUCUCUCUCUCUCUCUCCUCUCUCUCUCUCACUCUCUCGUCGUCCUUCUCUAUUAGCUCCUGCUCUCUCUCUUGCAGUUGCCUCCUCUCUGUAGGUUGUGGGUUAGACUUCCAUAAGCGCUGUGCGCUGCAGUUGCCUAAUGACUGUAGCCGUGCGCGGCGUCGUGUGUGUGGCCCCAGCCUGUCCCUGUUCCCCCCUGGCAGGCCCCGGACGCACUCCCUCUCCACACCUGCAGGUGGCAGUCUAGAGGAGGUCAGCAUGCAUAGAGAUGCAGUGAGCUCCAAAAGUAUCGAGACAGUGACAAAUGUUUUGUUGUUUUGGCUCUGUACUCCAGCAUUUUGGAUUUGAAAUGAUACAAUGACUAUGAGGUUAAAGGGCUGACUUUCAGCUUUAAUUUGAGGGAAUCUUCAUCCAUAUCAGGUGAACCGUUUAGAAAUUACAGCAGUUUUUGUACGUUGUCCCCCCAUUUUAGUGGACCAAAAGUAUUGGGACGAAUUUCAUCAUGUGUGUUAAAGUAGUCAAGUUUAGUAUUUGGUCCCAUAUUCCUAGCAUGCAAUGAUUACAUCAAUCUUGUCUCUACAAACUUGUUGGAUGCAUUUGCUGUUUGUUUUGGUUGUGUUUCAGAUUAUUUUGUACCCAAUAGAAAUUAGUGGUAAAUAAUGUAUUGUGUCAUUUCGGAGUCACUUUUAUUGUAAAUAAGAAUAUAAAAUGUUUCUAAACACUUCUACAUUAAUGUGGAUGCUACCAUGGUUACGGAUAAUCCUGAAUGAAUUGUGAAUAAUGAUGAGUGAGAAAGUUACAGACGCACAAAUAUCAUACCCCCAAGACAUGCUAACCUCUCACCAUUACAAUAACAGGAGAGGUUAGCAUUUUUGGGGGGGUAUGAUAUUUAUGCCUCUGUAACUUUCUCACUCAUCAUAAUUCACGAUUCAUUCAGGAUUAUCCGUAAUCAUAGUAGCAUCCAUAUUAAUGUAGAAGUGUUUAGAAACAUACACUGGCGUGGUUGAUGUCAUAGACUUGCAUACAUUCUAUUUAAUUCUACGUCAGCAACACUUAUCAUGUAUUCAAAUGGAUGCACCUAUUCAACUAUUUUACAGGGCAAUAUUGGGUGAUUCUAACAGCAACAAAUCAAAAAAGACCUGAAAUCUCUUAUUAUCUCUCUUAUUAUCUUUCUUUCUGCCCCAAUCUUUUCCUUCCUCCCUUCCUUUCAUCUCCCUCUCUUUUUUUUCUCCCUCACCCCCUCCUCCCUCUCUGCUCUCUUCACCUCCCCCUCUAGAUCAGUAUGUCCAAGCCCAGGUCCAGACCCCCGUCAUGGACAGAUCACCAGGUGUGGCUUGGGGUGGGCCAGGGAAAGGGUGGUGAGGCGGGCAGGGCUAGGGUGCCCCACACCUUCCACAUCCACAGCUACACCAAGCCCACCGUGUGCCAACACUGCCGCCACCUCCUCAAAGGCCUCUUCCGCCAGGGCCUACAGUGCUCUGGUGAGAUGGGUCAGGGGGCAUAGUUCAGAUAGGGCGUGUGGUUAUGGGAGCAGCUGAUAUAUUUAGGUUUUAUUUAGGGGUGAUGCUUUCUCUAAUCGUACGUUUCUGAAGCGGGUAUGUCGAUCACUUGGUCAGAUUUCACAUUUUGUGUUAUUUCUGUGUCAGUAAUCUUUAUGUACUGAAGUUGACCUCUCUCUUUCUCACACUCCCUCUCCCUCUCGCUCUCUCUCGCUUUCUCUCUCCAGACUGUAAGCUGAACUGCCAUCGUCGCUGUGAGUCCUCCCUGGUCCCCUCUGACUGUCCUGGAGAGAGGAUGAACACCAAUAGGGAAGGAGGUGAGAGACAAGGUCUCAGAGCAAGACAGGCCACUGAACGUAUUAACCAAUGGAGUCCAUGUCGAACAUGCUUAAAGGAAAAGUUUACUUUUUUUUAACCUAAACUCUAUUUUUGAAGUAAAUGGCAUGCUAUAGAAGUGUCCAGACACUUGUUUAGCGAUUAUUUCCGUUGCCGUUUAUAAUAGGACGUAUUUGAGUGCUUUUGUUCAUGUUUUUCUGUGCCCCUACAACUGCGGAACAAACAUGAGGAAGUCUAUCGCUGGUUGGGUAAGUUUCUCAAAACCGAGUAAAAUAAAUCACAAAAAAAGUGUCUGGACACUUCUAUGACAUUUACAUCAAAAAUAAAGAUUUGGUUGAUAAAAAGUGAAAUUGUCCUUUAAAUUAUACAUUCCAUGUACAUGCUUUGACAAGACAGUAGAACUGCCAUUCUUCACAUUGACUCAAACAGUGCCUCAGUAGCUUAAUAUUGAUGUAGGAAGUGUUGUGACACACAGACUCAGUGUCCAGUCUCGGCUACAAGAACGAAACAGAGGACGAUGAGGAGGAUAUGAGCUUGAGUAUAACAUCACUAGAAGACUAUGACGACAAGCCAUCUACUGAGGACCCAUUUGCUGAGAACAAGCCACCAAUCAUGUAAGAUAUUAUUUUUUAAUGGCUAUGAUAGGAUGUCAAGUUCAGUAUGUUUCCAUUAUGAGUUUUGAUGAUAAUAAUAAUUUGAGUAUGUAGUACAUGAGUGUCUGUCAUUGAAGUUGUAGCUGAAGUUGUCAAAAGUUCUCUCUUUCUCCAUCUCUUCUUCCUUCCUUCCCUCCCUCCCUCCCUCUCAGUCCGUGUUUCAGUAGUUACAUUCCUCUAAUGCGGGUAGUCCAGUCUGUCCGUCACACUAAAAGACGGGCCAGUGGAGUACUGAGAGAGGGCUGGCUACUGCAUCACACCAACACUGACACACUGGUGAGAACACGCACGCAUGCAUACACACACACACACACACACACAGAGAAAACACUUACACUUUACUUUCCCGUUGUUUCUGUCAGAGGAAACGUCAUUACUGGAUAUUGGACUGGAAGAGUAUCACUCUGUACCAGAACGAGAGCAACACCAAGUACUACAAGGUAGGUUCAAUGGGGAAGAAAGAGCCAUCUAUCAUUCUAGCAUUUACCAAACCAAGGCCAGUCAGUCACCUCAACUCUACAGUACUGACCUCUUGUGGCCAAAUAAAACAUCAACAAAAUGUUUUCUUCUUCCUCCCUCCUCUCUCACUCUUUCUCUCCCUUUUCUUCCCUUCUCCGCACCCUCUCCUAUUUCCCUUUCUCUAUCUUCAUUCCUCCCCCCCUCUCUAGGAGCUUCCUCUUUCUGAGGUGCUGCAGGUACUAGGCCCCGCCCAGCUGUCUGUCCCCUUGUUGCCAGGCAACAGUGCCCACUCCUUCGAAGUGGUGACGGGCACGCUGGUAUACUGUGUGUUGGCGGGCAGCGACGGACAGGCCUGGGAGACCGCCUUACGCCAGGCUCUGAUGCCCCUACAGAACAGCGGGCAGGUGGGCAAACAGGGACAAGGUGAGUCAGAGAGGUAGCAUGUUUGGACUGAGGUACUAUAGUAUUGUUCAGAGAUAUGCCAAUGACUGACAUCAGAGCCAAGUAAUAAGAGAGUUUGGUCAUUGCGGGUUCUGUGAACGUUCUGUGGGCCCACUCCCACGACUCACCUCCAUGGUGUCCUGUGUCAGUUGGCCAAACUCUCUAGGGCUCUGAGUGAAAUGCCAAUGGAUGGUCUCUCACAUUGUUUUGCAUAAAGGUUUUAAAGUAAAGUUGGCAUCAUCCUUAUGCAUGUUAGACUUAGUUCAUGUCCAUGGUCAUGUUCUUUAACAAUGGUGAGAUUGACAAUUGGUGACUGAUAAAGAAAAAACUAUUUCUGUUAUAGACCAUGGACCCCAGAAUGGAAAAAUACCGGUAAGUGUGUGGGGUGGGUGACUGAUGGAUAUUGAGUAUGAGCUCUUGAGUCUCAUUGUCUGAAAUGGAUAGAUGAGUAAGUAACACUGUAUUUGUUUGUAUUGCGCAGAUUUGUAUUUAUGUUUGUGUGUGUGUAUUUAUGUUUGUGUGUGUCAUUCAGGAUGUCAGCUCAGUGUAUCAGAUCUUCACUGAUGAGGUGCUGGGUUCAGGACAGUUCGGAGUGGUGUAUGGAGGUGGGUUUGACGUUACACUAGAAUAAAUACUUUCUCUACCAUUACCUGUUAGGCGCAAUGAGUUUCUUCUAGAUUAUAUAGGGUAUUAUCAUUGUAUUACUUGGCUAGCUGAGAUUCUGCUCACGUCCCCAGGCACCCACAGACAGUCUGGUCGGCCAGUGGCCAUCAAGGUCAUCGACAAAACCCGUUUCCCUACCAAACAGGAGAGACAGUUGAGGAACGAGCAGGCAAUUCUACAGGUGAAGGUUCUGGAUUUGUGUGUUUGUAUUACAUUUGUAUUACAGGGAGGUACAGUAUUCGAAAUGAACAUCCCAUUGUCAUAUUUGUUUCCCCUUCAAUAUGUGUGUGCGCGUGUGUCCAGAAUCUGUCCCACCUCGGUAUAGUUCUACUGAAGGGCAUGUUUGAGACCAUGGAACACGUCUUCAUUGUCAUGGAGAAGCUACAUGGCGAUAUGCUGGAGAUGAUUCUGUCCAAUGAGAAGGGCCGACUGCCAGAGCGCACCACACGCUUCUUGGUUACACAGGUACUGGCCACAUAGCGAUAGGAUAUAGACUAUUUCUUCAACAGUCUGCGGUAUUCAAGUAGUGCCUCUACGGGGGAAAAGUAGUGCCUUUUAUAAUACAUUUGAUGCAUACCUCAAUAUGUAAAAUUCAGUUGAUUUUGAAUUUCUUGUUGACUCACAGACUAGUGUGUGUGUGUGUGUGUGUAGAUUCUAGAGGCCCUGCGAUACCUGCAUUUCAAACACAUCGCUCACUGUGACCUGAAACCUGAGAAUGUACUGCUGGCCUCCCCAGACCCCUUCCCUCAGGUCAGUGUGUGUUUGUGUGUGCGUGCAUGUGCAUCAGUUUGUCUGUGAAGACUGUCUACUCCUUCCAUCAGGCUUCACAGCAACUCCUCUCCCCUCAGGUAAAGCUGUGUGACUUUGGUUUUGCCCGCAUCAUCGGCGAGAAGUCAUUCCGCCGGUCGGUUGUGGGCACGCCGGCCUACCUGGCACCCGAGGUCAUCAGUAGUCAUGGUUACAACCGCUCGCUGGACAUGUGGGCGGUGGGUGUGGUCCUGUACGUCAGCCUGAGCGGAACAUUCCCCUUCAACGAAGAUGAGGACAUCAGACAACAGAUCACCAACGCUGCCUUCAUGUACCCUCGCCUGCCCUGGUCUAACAUCUCACUAGAGGGUAAGUUUAUUCCCCUGGAAGGACCAAUGCAAGCAAAAGAGCCCCAUAAUGAUCAUCAGUGAUCCACCACCAUAUUUUACUGUUUUUUCUGGCAACCCUUCCAAAGAGCCUAUUGGAAUGGGGAUGGCGUCUAAUUGUAGUUUUGGAAUCUUGGUGACCCCAAGAUGCCACCAAGUUCUAGAAUUCUCCAACUGUGGCCCUUGGACUUUUCUUUGCCUCCCAAACCAUCUUCCUCAGUAUGCGUUGGGACAAGAUACACGUGUCCUCUACCAGGCAAGUUUACCACUGUUCCAGCGGUUUUAAACAUCUUAAUUAUUGCCCUAAUAGUGGUAAGUGGUAUACUGUAUUUAGUUUUUUAGCUGUUUGUACCUGAUUUAUGAAGGUCAACAACCAUUUGUCUCUUUUCGUUUGUGAGUUCUUUGCCUUUCCCCAUGGUGGUGGAUGACAAAUGGAUUUUACAUGCGUAGUACCUCAUUUUUAUACCCCAGUGAAACAGGAAGCCAUGGAAGGCCACAAUACAGUUCCUUAAGUUUAUAUGAACUUAAAGUUGAAUGUUAAUGCAGAUUUCAUUUUUGAUAAGAUUCUUAAGAAGUGCCAAUCAUUUUGAGACCUAUCUUUUUGAGAUAUAACAAUUAUUACUUGUUAAAGAAAAUCUCUUUCUCUGGGCAAUUGUAUUAGUAUAAAAUAAUAUCAUUUUCAAAUUGUUCUGAGCGUAUAAUAUAGCUCAGUAUUUUGAUAAUUUUUCGUUUAUCUUUAUCAAGGAUGCCAAUAAUUUUGGAGGUGACUGUAUGUAUCAAUUUUACUUCAUGACCCCUCAACCCCCCUUCUCCUAUGGGUAUGGUGGCUCGCCCAGGGAGGUUGUUUCACAAAAGUGUCUCCCUCAGAAAUAUUAAGUAGGUCUGUACCCCCGCCUGCCUUGGGCUAACAUCUCACUGGAGGGUAAGUCUUUACCCCCGCCUGCUCUGGCCUUACAUCUCAAUUUAGGGUAAGUCUGUACCCCCGCCUGCUCUGGGCUAAACAUCACAAUAGAGGGUAGGUAUUUACCCCCACCUUCCCUGGGCUAACAAAUCACUAGAGGAUAAGUAUGUACCCCCACCUGCCCUGGGCUAACAUAUCACUAGAGGAUAAUUAUAUUCUCGCCUGCUCUGGGCUAACAUCACACUAGAGGGUGAGCAGGGUUUCCCCCUAGUGUUUUGUCUAAGGCGGGGAGCAGAAACCAAUCAGCAUUCAAACAUCAUUUUCUUUCCAUAGCCCUGGGCUAACAUUUUAUCUGUGAGGGGGUAGAAUCAGUCUCUCAUGACGUUCUCAUCUCUCUCUCUCUAGCGGUGAGUCUGAUCAACAACCUGCUCCAGGUUGCAGUAAGACGUAGGUUCAGUGUGGGAAAAGCAAUGGGACACCCCUGGCUACAGGUAAGAGACCUCAACUUCUCCUAACAUAAACACUUUAAGGCUCAGACACACCAAGGAUAUUGACUGCUGAGAGGUAUUUAGCACCUCUUGUUGGCAGUUAACUUUUUGUUGUUCACAAAUACGCCACCGAUCCGAUUGUCAAAAUACUUCACACCACAAGGUGGCAGUAGCUUGUUGGGCUUGUGCCUACUGUAGAUAGCUAAUGUUAGCCAACUAGCAAGAUGCACUAAUAAUGUUGUUAGCUAGCUAUAAUUUGUAGUAAGCCCUUGUUGAUAUGAGCCAGAUGGCCACAACUAGAUAACUUGCAAAAUUAUAAUUAAAUCCCAAUGGAUUCGUUUUUGAAUGAAGCAGCUGCCUGUAAGUCAGUGGAGAAGCUAGCUAGCUAGCUAUGUUGUGCUACUGGAAAAUAAUGGCGAUGCUAACGUUAGCUAGAAUGCGAACUGGCACUGGCUGUGUGGGAUAGUGGAGAGUGGAUUAAAUGAUGUAUUAUUCAUCUUGCUAGAUAGCUAGCUUAGUAGAGCAUUUAGUGUUGUGUGCAUUGUGCUGCACUUACCACCCCAUUCGUUUCAUAUGAAGUGUUUGUGACUGCCUUGGUCAGUUAGCAAGCUAACGUUAGCUAGCUAACUAAUGAGCUAGUGCACAUUAUCAAGCCUAACAAAAAAAAAACACUACUUCAAGCACAACUCCUUAGCUAGAUGUCAAAAAUAAAAAAAGUUAACACUUACUCUAGAAAAAAACAAGUAUUAUGCAGCUUUAAUGUCUUAGAACAAUUCUAAUGAAAAGGUGGAGGAUUACAUGGGAUACCCUUAGGUUCUUUUUAGUUUUGCUUGUCACCAGUUGGCUCCCUGCCACGUGGAGGUUUGUGCUCUCUGAUUGGCUUAAAGUCAAGUUGUUGGACACUGCUGAGCAUUGCGAUUCUACAAGUAGAAAUGACAGAUUCUUUGGCACCAGUAUGCAGCAGGUAGCCUAUGUCUUUUGUUCUAGCAAGAGAAGUAAUGGCCUCCUACUGUGGUAAGCAUAGCCGCGGGAAGUAGGGGUGCUGCAACACCCCCUGAUAAAUCACAUUUUAAAAAAAUCUCUGUGUGUCUGACAUAUUAGACAAGAAACUGAAAACCGCUCAGAGCAGUUUGUAAGGCAAUGGGUAUAGCCUAUAACAAGUGAGAAGGGUAGCCAGUUUGUAACCCAUUAUGAAUGGCCAGUCAUUGACAGGCCAUCUCUACAUUUCACACCUCUUUCUCUCUCCCUUUAUGUCCUUUUCUACUCUCCCUCUUCCCUCUAACCCUAGCUCCAUUCCAGCUCAACACCAACAGCCAUAACCAAACCCUUCUAACUCGUAACCAUAACCCUAACCUUAACUCCCCAGGACUUCCAGUUGUGGUGUGACCUGAGGGAGUUUGAGAAGAGGAUGGGCUGCAGGUACCUGACCCACGAGGGGGACGAGGACCGCUGGAGAUGCCACGCCCUGGAGAGGGGCCUGGUCUUCCCCUCUCACCUCACCUGGACCCCCGGGCACGACGACAGCCUGUGA